AUGGAAGAUAUCGAAAAAUAUAUUAAAAAUGAUACCGAUAUUGCUUUUGAAUAUGAGUUGCAACACACUCCAGACAAUAUUUUGACCUGGAGACGUUACUUAGCCAAUUGGAAGUCCCAAUUAACUAGUAAUUCUAACGAACUUGAUAAAUUAGACCAAGAAAAAAGAAUUAUCUGGCUGUACGAGAGAUUUUGUAAUCAAUUCCCAAAUGAUUCUGAAUUAUGGGAGGAAUUUAUCCAAUGGUUAAUAGAUUUCAAUGUUGAUACAAGAAAAUAUAACAUCAAAAUGGAUAUUCAUUAUCAAGAUAUAUGCAAGCUAUUCCAAAAAGCACUUUCCAAUUUUGAUUUAAAUAUAUCUAAUGGGAAAGCUUUGAACUCCAAUCAGAAUUGUGAAAAAUUGUGUUUAAUGUACGUACGAUUUUCUGUUUACCAUUAUGAUUUAUCUUUCAUUACUAAUUCAUUAGAUAUGUCGCUUAAAAGAUGUCAUAGUAGGGACAUCCACUCACAAAUUUGGGAAUUGAUAUUGCAUUUUAUUUAUGAAAAACAACUGCCGCUGAUUGACUUUAACAAUUCAAAUAAAGGUGAGGAUGCUAACCGUUUUGAUUUUUAUUUAAAUUCAUUUCCAGGCGACUUAACUAAUUUUGAUGAGUCAGAAGAAGCUUUUCAGAUCACUGAACUGCUAAUUGGCUCAUCAUACUUUUCCACAAAGAAUUCUGAUGACGGUACAUCUCAUAACAUAACUACUACAGAUAGCUGGUCAUGCUAUAUUCUUUAUAGAUAUUUAUUGGUUUGUCCACCUAAAUUGUUGUUUGAAACUUUGGGACAGUUAAUAAAAACAAGAGACUAUAAAAAUAUUAAACUCAUUUAUGACAUUUAUUUAUCUCCUAAAGCUAUAAACAAUACUAAUAGAGGCAAUCCUGAGAAAAAAUUUAUUCCUGAUACUAAAAUACCAUUUAUUUUGCAUUUAAAUUAUUUGAAAGCACUAGAUCAUCUAAAACUGCAUACUAUUUACUCUACGUUUUUGAAACAACUAUAUGAUAUUUUUCCUGCAAAUUUUUCACAAUUGAAAAUCAUUGAAGCAAAAUAUUUUCUCAAAUGUUCCAAUGUUUUCAAAUCAAAGGAAAUCAUAUCUAACGCAUUAGAUUCAACCAAUGAAUAUUUCCAUUUCAUCAGAUUGUAUAAUUUUUUUAUUAAUUUUGAAGAAUGCUUUAUCGAAGUUUUAACCAAUAACCUAUUUCAUAAUAUUAAUAAAACGGAUAUUUUAAAAAUAAAAUCAAAAGAUGACUGGCUGAAUGAAUUAAAUGAAAAUAACACAGAAUUAAGUAAUCUAUUAGAUUCAAAUGAGCUAAAAUUAAACGAUUUGAAAUUAAGACAAAAUCAAAAUGAUAUACAAGCUUGGUUUGAAAGAAUUGAAAUAUUUAAAAAACACAUUUCUAAUAAAAAAAAAAAUAAUAAUAACAGUGUGGAAUUAUCCAAGAUUUAUGUUGAUGCUAUAUUAAAAAUCGAUCCUUAUAAAGUAAAUGUUCCGGGCUCAUUUGGUAAACUUUGGUGUGAUUACUCAGAUAUUUAUUGGAAUGCAGAAAAUUUUGACACUGCAAGAGAAAUAUGCAAUAGAGCUUUAAUGGUUCCGUUUCUUCACGUCCUUGAUUUAGAAAUCAUUUGGGCUCAUUGGUGUCAAAAGGAAUCACUGAAUGGCGAUAUAUUAAGGCAAAUAAAAAUAUUACAGGUUGCUUUAGAACCCCCUCAAAAUCCAAAUUUUGUUCUUGAAAGUUUUAAUAGAAAAGAUAGAAAGAUACCUGCACAGGCCUUAAUUUUUAAUUCAUCAAAAUUAUGGGAUGAAUAUUUACAGCUAUUAGAAGCAGCAUAUUUUUCAAAACUUAUUAAUCUUUCCGCAGUAGUUGAGGCAUAUGAUAAGUGUAUUGCAUUGCAAGUUGCAUCACCAAUGACGUUUAUCAACUAUGCACAAUUUUUUGAAAUAUCAGGUGCACCCUUAAGAGGGUUUCAAGUUUAUGAGAGGGCAAUUAGUGUCUUCCCACCAGAAACAAAAUUUGAAAUUUGGAAGAUCUACAUACCAGAGCUUUUAGAGUUACAAAAUAAGAAUGCAACGCUUGUUUCAAUUGAAAGAAUAAGGGAUAUCUUUGAUGAAGCCAUUGAGACUUUACAAGAAGCUAAUAUAGAUUUCAAAGAUUUCUAUUUGUUAUAUAGUGAUUUUGAGGAGAAAAUUAACGGGUUAUCUGGUAUGGCAGUUAGUAUCCUUUAUAAUGCUGCACUAUAUCCCUAUUCUAAGAAUAAAUAUAUACCCCCAUCGAGCUGUAUAAUGAAAAAUAAUCUAGAACUUUGGGACAAAUGCUUUUUAAAAGCUGCAAGAUUUUUAGAACCAAAGACAGUAGAACCAAUGUAUGAACAAUGCAUUAAGCUGUUACCUAACUCCAAAGUUACACGAUACAUUAUUCAAUUUACAGAGCUAGAGAUUUCGUUAAAUCAAAUCUCAAGAGCUAGAGACGUAUUGAUUUAUGGUUCUAAAUUAUUACCACCGUCUAACAACUUGAAUUUAUGGGAGUACUGGGAAAAAUUUGAAAUCGAGCAUGGAACAGAAGAAUCCUUUAAGGAAAUGUUUCGAUUAAAAAGGACGUUGACAGAAGAGAUGUGUAUUGAUACAGAACAGGUUACUAACCAAGAAGGCCAUAUUCAAUUUGUAGCAUCCUCUGCUCCGUCAAUAUUAUCUCAUAACAAAGGAUUAUCGAAUGCUCAACCGACGAAUUCUGAAGAGAUUGACCUAGAUAUCUAA